AUGUUCCCCGCGCUUACCCCCAACACCGCGCAGCUGCAGCAGCUGCAGCCGCACCUGCUUCACCAGCAACUGCAGCAGCAGCUGUUGCAGCAGCGGCAGCAGCAGGAGCAGCAGCAGCGGCAGGAGCAGCAGCAGCAACUACUGCAGCACUUUCAGCAGCAGGUUCUGCGCCCCGCGCACGCGCGCUCCGCGGAAGCGCAGGCGCAGCAGUCAGCGCAGCCGGUAGCUGUUGGGGAGAACCCAGCAGCGGGUGUGAUAACGGUCGAAAGGCCUGUGAUUGGAGUACCUGCGGUGGGUCAGGGUGAGGUACCCACUACAGCAGUGGUGGAUUCACAGUUGCCGCAACAACCGCCGCAAGCGGAAACGGAGAUUCAAGCGCAGGCGGGGGUAGCGGCCGCGGUUUCGGCGCAACAUCCAGCGCAACAAUCGGCGCAGCCGCCCCCCAGGGCGGAGAUCGUUUCUCUUCUGGACACGCGCGCUGCGCGCACCUCCGCGCGGUUAGGCGGGCACGCGCUGGGGGGUUGCGGAAAGACAUUUCCGCUCUCUGCGGAGGGCGCGCCGGGCGGGGGGCAGCACCGCAAGGUGAAACUCGACGACUGCAACCCCGCCCCCGCCGCCGCCGCCGCUUCCGCCUCCCCCUCCGACUCCGCCGUUUCCGCCGCGCAGGUCGCGCCAUCAGAUGCGCCCGUUGACGUGGCGUUCGAUGAUUCGGCAGAUGUAACUGUUCCUCUGGGGGAAGGUGAUCCGGGGCAACAGCAAGAAGAGGAAGGGGGGGCAACGCAGGCUGCACCAGAGGAGGAGCAACAGCAGAUGCAGCCGCAACAGCAGCCCCAGGAGGAGCAGCAGCAGCAGCAAGAGAUGCAGGUGCAGUUGGAAAAUGCACAGCCUCUCCCAGCUGCUACUGUCCCUGCUGCUGCUACUGCUCGCGUUGCCAAUGCCGGUGCGCUUGGUCUCACCAACAGCGCAGCAACAGCAGCUGCUGCUGCUUCCACCACCCCACAUUCCCCCCAGUCUCCGCUCGCCUCUUCUGCUACCCCAUCCCUGUCCUCCGUCUCCUCAGCCUCUGCUGCUACUGCUGGUGCUGCAGCAGCUGCUGUCACCACGCCCGCGCAGCGGCCGUUGCAACAACGUUUCCAGACAAGGCAACAACCCGAUCCCUCUCAGAGCAUAGGGGCAGAUCCUGGCGGUGCAGCAGUGGCGGCCCAGCCAGGAGCAGGCAGUGCAGCAGUGAGCGCUGCAGUGGAUGCAGUGGGGAGUGCUGCUUCCGGUGUUUCCUGGCCUGCGGAGGCUCCCCGCACUUUCCGUGGCUCGCCCACCCACACGUUACCGCAGCAGCAGCAGCAACCACAACAGCAGCAGCCGAUGCAGCAGCAGCCGGAGCAGCAACAGCAACAGCAGCAACAGCAGCAGCAGCAGCAGCUGCUGCCACAAGUUCCGCCAGUGACCAGCGAACCAGAGCCGCUGCCACUGCCACCCCAGCAGCCGCAGCAGCAACCGCAGCAGCCACCGCAGCAGGAGAGGGCGAGGGCUGGGCGAGGAGAGGAGGGGGACAGCAUGAUGGCAACGGCAUUCCGAGCGUGCAUCGACCACACACGCGUGCAGAGAAUGGCGGAGCACUCAGGCUGGCCGUAUCUGCUGGUGAAGGGAGCGCACGUGGGGUACACGCGGCAGCAGGAGGCGCUGCUGCGGGCGCUGUGGGUAGCGAGGGCGACAGGGUCGGUGCUGGUGCUGCCGGCGUUCUUCAAGAGCUUUGACACGCACCCCUCACAGGAGACCAGCAUCGUACAGUUCUUCAACACUCAGUACCUCAUCACACACAUGUACUGCUCAUCAGAGGUAUGGGCAGUGCAGUCGCUCCCAGCCAGCGUGCAGGAGGAGCUACCAGCGGGCGCCAGUGCACGCAACGUGGACGCCAUUCUAGCAGCGCCCGCCUCCAAGGCCCUCAGCAUCCCCCGGGAGAUCGUGGCGGGGAGCGCUGACAUGAACAACCCCGCUCUGCUGCGCUGGCUCGAGACCGUGCGACAGGAGACUACCAAGGGCAAGGUGCGCCUCCUGGUAUACGACACGGACCUGCCGCUGCCCUUCUCAUCCCCUGACCAGCAGCGGUUCAAGAAGAACGGGCUGGCGGCACUACGCGCCUCAGCGGACGUGAGCGCCAUCAUCACGCAGCUGCUGCACCGCCUGCGCAAGGCCUUCCAGGACCACAUUGGAGGCGACCUCUCCCAGUUCCAGUUUGCAGCUCUGCACGUUGGAGAAGAUUAUACUGCUGGUGCUGCUGCUGAUGGUGGGCUUGGGGAUGGUGGUGGCGGCGGUUUGGCCGGUGCAGCCGGUGGGAAGAAUGGCAGCAGUUCAGAGGCUGGUGGGGAUUAUUCUGAGAGCAGGAGUGGUGGGGUUGCUGCUGGUAGUGCUGACGGGGACAGCGGGGGCGUUUUGGCGGCGAUUCGAGAGGCGCUUUUAGCCAAUGUGGAUCCUUCGCAGAUGCUUCUUUAUGUCACGGUGGGUCGAUCUAUGGAGCACAAAACAGUGCUGCAGGAGCUGCAUGGAGCGUACCACGUUGUUACAAAAGACACGCUCAUUCCCAACAUCAGCCGCAGAUUCCCAUCGCAUGAAAUGCAGGCGGCGUUCGAGCAAGGGGUUGCCAAGGAGGCGUCGAUCUUCCUCGCUCCGUCCACGUCAGCAUUCUCGGGGUUUGUCUUCCAAUCACGGUGUUUCACGCGGCCGACGUUGGGACAGAAGCCGUUAAGAGACACCGUGUUUUACGACCGGAGCACGAGUGUUGCUGCAUGCCAUGCAUCCAUGGCUUCCCUGAAGUUUGAUCCAGACUUCUGGAACGUGGUUCAAGAGAGGCUGCAGCCGAGGCCAAUACAAGCGCCACUGCCAGCACUUGUCCCCGUUGAAUCCAGCUCGUCUGAAGAAUCUCCCGAGGGCCGCCAUGAUUCUGCAGAAGCCGGUGGAAGCACAACAGGGACAAAACCCAAGGAGCCUGAGGUGGAGUGGCUGGAGGCUUCUCAGAUCCGAUACAGUCAGUCAACGAUAUGCGAGGCGUUUUCGCGCCCACCAGCCAAGGCUGUCGCGGAUGCAGCACCGGAGCAGAAGAGCAACAAGUACACAGUCUUCGAUGCGGUGCGGGAUCUCAACGAGGGAACCAGCAAGAUUGAGGACUUCCCACCAAUCCGAGUGGUGGAGCAGGACGGGCUGCUGUUCUCUCUGGACAAUCGCCGGCUGUAUGUGUUCAAGAUGUUCGGAACCAUUGGGUUGCGCGUGCCCGUGCGCCGUGUGCCGGCUGAUAAGGAGCUGUUUCAGAAGCUCACGUGCACGGGCACGGGGGACGCGAGGGGGAAGACGGUGGAUGUGCUAACGGAGGAGGAGGCGAGGAAGGUGGGCAGGGUGCUGCAGCUGGAGCAGCACGUGCUCAAAUGGAGCGUGCCGGAUAUCAUGAAUGAUUACCUGCUCGUCAGGAAGGUUCGGCCCAUACCAGACAAAUUCCUGAACAUCCGCUCGUACCUGUCAGCCUUCCGCUGGCCCCUGGUGGAGGAGUGCCGUGCCAGCCUCAAGGCCAGCCUGGGUCAGCUCUCCGCUUCAACUCCCAUGCGGGUAGACAUUCACAAGGUGGAGAGGAUUGAUGGGUAUGUGGCAGGCGCUGAUGAUUAUGAUGAUGAGGACGAGUGGGGGGAGGGUGGGUAUGACAUGGGCCAGCAAGACGUGUUUGGCAGUGAUUGGUGUGAGGAGGAGGACGUCUAUGGAAGUUCUCUGUUCGGGGGAGCAAGGAGGGUGAAGAAGCCGGUGAAGGUGCACUCGGAUACAUGCCGGUUUGGUGCGGUGGUGUUCGAGGUGGACAAGCAGAAGCUGGCUCGUGACAGGGCAGCAUCGGGAGGCGGAGGCGGCAGCUGGUUCGAAGGCGUGAAGCUAAAGCCAACAGAUGUAGUGCUUCUCUCCACUGUUGCUCCUACCGAGCCUAACGACCUGCUGCGUGCAGGCGUGCUGUAUCUGCUUGGCGUGCUGCUUCCCGACCGAAACGUGACCGAGGGCAUUACUCUUCCAGGACAGGACGGAGGACAGGAGGGUGGUGGUGGGGGCGAUGGGAGCAGCUGCUAUUUCAAGGCGAAGAUCUUUCUUCCGAAAGAGUCCCCUGAGCUGAAAGGUCUAGAGGAGGCUUUAGUUCGGACGAAGAGUGAUAAGGGGGAUGGUGCGGAGGGGGGUGUUACUUGGUAUGUGACUCUGCUGGAUACGUUUGCCACGCCCCAGCGCAUUUGGGAUGCUCUGCACGGCAGGAGGGGUGGAGCGAAGCGAAUUUCAGAAGAAGCAAGAGAGCAACUUCUGAGCACGCUACCUCCAGCCAUCACCAUAGCACCUGACCUGCUGGUGCAGGGGCCGCCAGGAACAGGCAAGACGCACACGAUCUCCGUCCUCCUCUCCGUCGUGCUUUCCCUUGGGGUUCGCACGCUCGUCUGCGCCCCUACCAACGUCGCUGCGGCGGAAGUGGGGCGGAGAAUGCUCCGUCUCGCUCUCUCCUCCGAUCCCUCCUCGCAGUUUGCAGGUUACUGCCGCGAGCAGCAGCAGCAGUAUGAUGGAUGGGGCGGUAGGGGAGAUGUACCCGUGGCGUUUGUGAGGGGUGGGAAGCUGAGGGUGGGGGAUAUAGCUCUAGUGGCAAAUGAAGAUCGGCUGGAGAUAGAUCCAGAGCUGGGUAUGAUCCUGGUGGGGAGUGAGAGGAAGGGCGGCGGCGGGAAAAGCACGUUCAGUGGACGCGUUGGGAGGCUGGUUGAAGCUCUUUCCCUUUUAACUGGAUGGCGGGUUUCCUUUCAGAACCUGGUUUCGUUUUUGGAUAUCUCAUGGGAGGUGCUCAACCUGGAAUUCCAAACCGAGCUGGAAGAGGAGGAGAAGAGACGAAAGGAAGCUGCGCCUGCAGGCGACGUUGGCAAGGGCGGCAUUGACAAGAAAGGUCCGAAGAAGGCCGCCCCACUUCCAACCCCCGUAACGCAUCUCCAGAAGCGUAUCGAUCUCCUGACUCAGCCCGCUAUGGAGGGAGCUGUCAAUCUCGCAGAGGACCUCCCGUCCGCUCUUCUUCCUGAGAAGGAAAGAGUGUUGCUUCUCCAGGCGUUUGAUCUCAUGGCAGCGCUGCGGCAGCUGGUGAGGGUUGCUGGGCUGACUCCUGCUGUUCUCAAGACAUGGCUGGAAGGUGCCGGGGGGCUGGCAGGAGAGGAAGGGGGGGUGGAGGAAGUGGUUGAGGCGGCAUUUGUUCUGCUUGGCCUUGGUGUUACUGCUGCGGGUGGGCUGGAUGGUGAGUCUGCUACGAGCACAAUCUCAUACCAAAGCCCUGCAUACAACAUCCCAAAGCUAUCCGGAGCCCCCACGUUCGCAACGGUAGCUGCAGUCUGCAUCGAGCAUGCCAAGCUCGUCCUCUCCACCGUCUCCUCCUCUGCGCGCCCUCUCCUGCGUUUCUCCAACCCCUUCCCCCUGCUUCUGCUGGAUGAAGCAGCCCAGCUGGUGGAGGCAGAGGGUGUGGUGGCCCUGCAGACCAAGGGGUUGCGCUAUGCUGUUCUCGUGGGCGAUCCCAAGCAGCUGCCUGCCACUGUCUUGAGCAAGGUGGGCGUUGGGAAGUGGUCAGUCUGUGAACUAUUCCACUGCGUUUCAAUUCAACACGUACCCCUGCUUCCUCUGACAUACGCGUUGCUACUGCUUCUGAUUCCGUGUCCAUUUCUCCUCACUCCUCUCCUUCCCCGCUUUCUCUUUUCAUGUAAUAACCUCCAGGUCGCAGUUGAAGCCCACUACAACCGCAGCUUAUUCGAGCGGCUGCAGGGCAACGGGUGGGAGGUGCACAUGCUAAGUGUGCAGUACCGCAUGCAUCCGGAAAUCAGCCGCUUCCCCUCGCACCGCUUCUACGAGGGACGAAUCGAGGAUGGCGCCAACGUGUGCCGGCCGUCACACAGCCCGCAGCACCUGGAGCCUCUCUUUGGCCCGUACAUGUUCAUGCACGUGAAGGGCAAGGAGGAGAGGGAUGCGGGGGCGGUGGAGGGUGGCUCGCGCAGUAUUGCGAACUCGGUGGAGGCUGUGGUUGUGCUGGCGCUGCUCAAACGACUCUCUGACGCCUGCAAGGGCACAGAAGCAGAGGCACGCACAGGCUCCGCACCAAUGAAAGUGGGCCUCAUCUCACCAUACGCGCUGCAAGUGGACUACUUAAAGCGGGGGCUGGAGUCCCAGUCGUGGCCGCACCUGAUGGUGGAGGUGAAGAGUGUUGACGGGUUUCAGGGCAGGGAGUGCGACGUGAUCAUCGUCACCACUGUGCGCUCCAACGCCGCUGGAAGCAUUGGAUUCGUCACUGUGCGCUCCAACGCCGCUGACAGCAUUGGAUUCGUGUCCGACGCGAGACGACUCAACGUGGCAAUAACACGUGCGCGGUACUGCAUGUGGGUGGUGGGCGACCGGGACACCUUGCAGCGCGGGGACACAACGUGGGAGCACCUCCUAGUGGACGCACAGCAGCGCGGGUGCCUGGUGGAGGCACACAGCGAUGCAAAGCUGCGCAGAGUGGUGGAGAAACGUCAGAUGGAGUUGGGCGAGGUGGAGCAGCUGCUGCUGCCCAACUCCGGCCUUUGGGACUCGCUCAUCUGGGAGGCGACGUUCAGCCUGGAGUUUCAGCGCAGCAUGCGGGAGCUGCGGUCGCUGGACGUGAUCAAUGCAGUGAGGCGCCUCAUGGGCGGGCACAGGCCGCAGCGCUGCACCAGGCCACGGCACGAGCUCAAGGACCCGCGCUACUAUGACAUCAUUCACGUGCAGGCCGUGGGCAGGUACCAGCUCAUCUGGACUGUCGAUAUCAUCCGAGUGUGGGACGUGGUGGAGGAGCAACACGUGCUAAAGUGGUUGCGGCGCCUCGAGGGAGGCCUUGGGACCUACUCUGACGAGUCCCUCGACCGCUGUGCGCGCUGCGACGACCGCCUCGCCCGCAGGGUGCAACCGCUGCAGUUCCCUAGAGACUCUGGCUUCAUGUGGCACAGGGCCAAGGCAUCGCCGCGCGAUUUAGCAGCGGAAUCUGACGCCGCAGCAGGUAUAAUUGGCUCAGAGAGCGCCCUAGAGCGAGCGCCAGUGGACGAGAGCGUCCUACUGAUGAAGUUCUACCAGCUGUCCCUGGGAUCCGCGCGGCAGCUUUUCACAGCAGUGCAGGGCGAGCUGCCGUUCGAGGUGAACGAGCAGGAGGCACUCAUCGUGCACUACCCGGGGAGCCUCUUCGUGCUCGGUCGCUCCGGCACUGGCAAGACCACCAUUAUUACGCACCGCUUGCUGCGCCUGGAGCGGGUGUUUCUGCGAGCCAUGGGGGAGCGGGGCCGGCUGGGUCCUGCUGUGGGGAUUGUGACCCGCGGCUGUGUGCUGCGAUUCGGCACCAUGUGCACAAAGUCAGACGGUGAGCUGCCUGGAAAGCCAUGGUGCUCUGUGACUGGGUUGGCGUGGUGUGGAUGGGUGGGCGUGGUGUGGAUGGGUGGGCGUGGGCGUGGUGUGGAUGGAACCAUGCUCGAAGCAGACGCCGAGCUCCCUGCCAGCACCGCACCUCCUGGCACAGCCCAGGGGGGCCAACACCAGCAGCGGCAGCAGGAGGAGCAGCAGCAGGGGGAGGCAGGGGAGGUGGAGGAGCUGUUGCUGUCAGAAGAAGCAGAGGAGAAACUGAUGGGAGAUCUGCCCGAGUCUCUUGAUGAAGUGCAGCCUGAUGCUUUUCCCCUCGUGCUGACCUUCAAGAAGCUGCUGAGUAUGGUCAAUGCUACUUUGGCACGGCCGUUUCAGCAGGAUGGUGGGUUAAAGGCCGGUGGGUGGCAUGGGAAGGGGACGACGGGUGGCGGGUGGAGGGGAGCGGGGGAGUACAGGGGUGGGGCUGCUGGAGGGAGGGGUGGUGAUGGUAGUGAUGAUGAUGGGAGCGAGUAUUUCUCAGAUGAUGGUGAUGAGGAUGAGGAGGAGGAAGAGGAGGAGGACGAGGAGGAAGAGGAUGUGUUUGGCCAAGCGUACCAUCAGUCGCACAGGGACAGGGACAGGCAGCAAGGCACGAGCGGAGCUAGAAGCAGCAGUGGCGCAGGCACUAGCCCUGGCAGCGGCAGCGGUGGUGCUGGUGUGCUGUCUCUACCCGAAGAGGUGGACUAUGACCGAUUUGAAUCCCUCUACUGGCCGCAUUUCAACACAACAGUCACUCGCAAGCUAGACGCCUCCCUGGUCUACAAGGAAUUCUUCUCCCACAUCAAAGGCUCUCUUCACGCCCUCAGGUCUACUGCCUCUCGAGGUGGUGCUGGUGGAGAUGACAAGGUUCGCUCUGGUCCGCCCUUCCAGUAUGUUUAUGUGGACGAGGUACAGGAUCUGACCCAGGCGCAGAUUGCCAUUCUGCGCUUCCUCUGUGCCAAUACCUCUGAUGGGUUUGUCUUUGCGGGGGACACGGCGCAGACGAUUGCGAGGGGUGUGGACUUCCGGUUUCAGGACAUCCGCAGGUUGUUCUAUGAGCUGUUUUUGGGGAGGAAGGUGGAUGUGGUGGAGGAUGCAGGGGUUGAGGGGAUAGAGGGCGGAGGAGGUGGGGGUUCCGGCAGUGGUUGUGCUGGUGGUGCGGGGGAGGGAGAGGGUGGGACAGAGGAGGGGCGGGUGCGGGAGAAGCAAGGGAGGUGGGCAGGGGCAGCAGCAGCACGAGGAAAGCAGAAGCUAUCUGGCAAGGGGAGGAGGAUGCUGGAAGAGGUGGCCAGUGGAGCAGCAGCAGAAGCAGCAACAAUGAAAGCCAGUGCAGCACAGGGCUCAGACAGGGACGGAGCAGAGCAGGGCAAGGGGGAGACGGGAGCAAAGGCAGGCGGAGGAGGCGGAGCAGCACAGGAGCGAUCGUCCUGCACAGAAAUGCCGGAUCUGUUCUUCCUGUCUCAGAACUUCCGAGCACACAACGGCAUAGUGCGCCUAGCAGACAGUGUAGUGCGCGUGCUGCUUCACUUCUUCCCUCACGCUGUGGACCGCCUUGCACCGGAGUUCAGUCUGAUUGAUGGGGAGGCGCCGGUGUUCCUGGAUGCCAAGGCGAGCGAUGAUGUGGUGACGCAGCUGUUUGGGAAGAAAGGGGCGAUUGGCGGCGGAGGGUGCGAGUUUGGAGCAGAGCAGGUGAUCUUGGUGCGGGAUGCAGAGAGCCGCACGGAGCUGGUGAAGCGGAUCGGGUCAAAGGGACUCGUGCUCAGCGUGCACGAGUGCAAGGGGCUGGAGUUCCAGGACGCCCUGGUCUACAAUUUCUUCUCAGGCUCCCCAAUGGCAUCGAGCUGGCGGCUGUUAUACCACUACAUGCGCGAGCACUCGCUCAUUCCCUCCACAGAGGAUGGCUCCAGCCGUUGGCAGUGCCCCUCCUUCGACCCCAAGCGGUGGGUGACCGUGGGAACCCUCGAAACCUGUUUCAGUUGUGCUACUGAUGUUCUGCUUGACCAUGUACGUUGUGCUGUGCAUAGACCAGUCUUUAUGCACCAACACAUGCCUCACACCAUCGCUCCACUCCCUUUCCCUUCUCCUGCCUCCAGGCACAACCUCCUUUGCAGCGAGUUGAAGCAGCUGUACGUGGUGUUAACGCGUGCGCGGCAGCGGCUGUGGAUAUACGAGGAGGAUGAGGGGGCGAGGCGACCGGCCAUGGACCUGUGGGGGGCGAUGGGUGUGGUGGCAGUGAAAGCACUCACGGUUGACCUACUCACGUCCAUGCACACAGAGUCGUCGCCUGAGGGGUGGCAUAAGAGGGGCACUGAGCUGUUCAACGCUGCCCAAUUCGAAGCCGCAGUCCUCAGCUUCGAGCGAGCCGGCGACGAGCACAGUGCAGCAGUGGCACGGGCAGCGCUGCUGCAGCAGACAGCCAAGAGGCUACAGGGCACGGACCCCAAGAAGGCCGGCAAGACGUUUCAGGAGGCCGCAGAGGCGUUUCUGAAGGUGGACAAGCCGAGAGACGCCGCCCGAUGCUUCAUCAGUGCGGGCAAGAUGAAGCAAGCAGGUGAUGUGUAUCGUGACAGGUGUCACCCACCCAUGUGGGUGAAAGCAGGGGAGUGUUAUGAGGUGGCAUCGUUGGCGGAGGAGGCGGCGAAGUGCUUUGCACAGGCGUGGGAGGUGGAGAGGGCGCUUCUUGUGUGCUCCCAGAGCCGGCUGUACAAUCUUGGAGUGACACUGCUGCAAGUGUGGCAGGGACAGUCUUUUCUGGUUGGGCUGUCGUCUGCUUAUUGGCUGAACACGGUGCGACCAGCAGUGAACAACCUGCCAAAUCAGGGCACGCGGGGGGAGUUAGCGAGGGAGCCUGCAGCCAGGGGAGGUGCUAUUUACUGGGCGAGGCAAGCGAGCGAGAUGGUGAAGGAAUGUACGGCUGUGAUGCAGCAGGCGUUGAGAUCUCUGGAUAAGGGAACGGCUAGCAGGAAGGAGCAAGUUUGGGGGGCGAGCGCGGGUGCGGUUGGGAGUGUACCGCAACAGGGGGGUGUGGUGAGGGAUCGAGCGUGGCUGGAGAAGGAGAAGGGGGAGGCGGAGGAUAGGAAGCGAGCACAAGAGCUUCAUGUGCAGCUGGAGCUUUUGGUGGAAGUGUUUGAGUUGCUUCAGUUUGCAGUAGACCUGUGUGGGGGCGGGAAGGAAGAGCAGAAGCAGCAGCAGGAUGGGGAACAAGGCAAGGAGGUGCAAGGGUCAGGAGGAUCGGCUGAGGAAGGGGGAAUCGCGCAGAUGGCAGGGGAGGUGGAGCUUUGGAAGGAGCAGCAGAAGGGGGCGACAUUGCAGCUCCUCUCGCUGCUCUUCCCUGUCACCAGCCCUCUUCCCCGUUCCGUGGCGUUUGUAGUGGCACGGUGGAGGGAGGACGAGCGAGCACGGACCUUGAUGCGCCAGUGGGCUUGCUCGGAGUGCCAGGGCCUGAUUGCGUUGAUGCCAGCAACGAGAAUGGAUGUGUGCGCACGAUUGUUUCAGGGGGCGCAGUGGGAGCUGGCAGGGCAGGCGCUUGCACUCCAGCACCCCACUCUGCUCCCUGGAACCGUGGCUCUUAACUACUGGGGCUCUGCUCUCUACCAUUUGUACGAUUGGUGCUACUGGGAUGUGCCCAACGGCUUCGUUUCCUUUAACGUGUUCCUCAGUCUGGCUGAAAGAGCAGUCGUCCACAUGUGCGCAGCCAUCACCAAUCUCAACAACCUUGUCGUUCCCACCUCCCUCGCCUCUCUCCAUCUCGAAGGCAAGCAUUACUCCAACCUCUGCACCCACAUGCUCAUGUGGCCGUUCAAUCGAAACCCAUACAGUGUGGCUCGAAUUCACGACACCAUCCUCUUCCCUCUCCUCCAUAUCCUUGUCCGCUUCUUUGUGUUUGAGACCGAAACCCUUCUCUGGUGGCUGAACAAAAGCGGCACUCCCCCUGCUGAACAUGGCUCCAUUUUCCUUCGCCUCCUCGUCCUCCUCGCCUUCUCUAUCUCCAACGCUGACUAUCACCAUGGUCCCAAGUUCUUCUCCUACCUCAUCAACCACCUCCUGAUCCUCUUCUCGCCUGUCGAUCGGCCGCCCAAUCCGCUUGUCUCCACCCUUCCCCUGAAGCUGCAACUCGAUCUAGAGGACAUGUUCAGGAGGAACUACCCUGCCCCCACUUUCAACCACUUCUAUCGGACCCUGGCCCGCCACAUGUGGGCCAUGCGCGAUCCUUGGGUGGUGCUUAGACGGAAGGGGGCUCGGAUCAUUCCAAGUCAUGUAUGGAAGGCUGAGCUGCUGCAUGCGGAUGUGGAAUUCACAACACAGGAAGCUGCUACUGCUGCAGCUGGUGGUGCAAAUGGUGCUGCUGUGAACCACCCUGUGUUCUCUCUUCAGAAGCUCACAGGGUACCGGGUUCCGCUGCUGGGAGGUGACAGUGGGGAUGCUUCUGCGGCUGCUGAUGGUGCGGAAGUAGGAGCUGCUGGUGAGCCCAAGGUGGGAGCUGUGUCAAAGACUGAAGAGGCAAAGGCAGCAGUGGCUCAAAGCGAAGAGGUUUCGGAGCGUGGGGAGGAGUGGGGUGGUGAUGAGGAAGGGAGAGCAGGCACGGACGGCGGUGAUGGUGGUGGUGGUGAUAAGGGUGCGGGAGAAGGGGAUGGUGUGGAGAAGAAGGGUGGUGAGAUGAGCGAGGGGGCGAAGGAGGUGGAGCAGGAGCUGAAGAAUGCGCAGCUGCAGAACGAUGAGAGGGAGGAGGUGGAUGGCGUCAAGAUAGCCCUGAGGAUCACACAGCAACUGCGCAACUGCCUGCAGCAGGCUCGUGAGCGGCUGCAGCAGGAGCUGUCGCCGCUCCAGCAGUGCAGCAGGGAGGCGCGGCGGGUGUUGACAGCCAGGCUGCAGGCAGUCGGUGCAAUCGAAUGGGCCUUUUACCUCAAGGAGUAUGAGGAGCACGCUUGCCCUGUCAAGGUCGAGGCCGACGCAUUCCUAGCCCUGAUUCACGAGGGGGUGAGGCAGCUGAAGCAGCUGCUGCAGCAGGAUGGCCAGCAGCAGCGGAAAGGGCAGGGGCGUGGAUGGUCGGAGGAGGAGGCAGAGAAGAAUGAGGAGCUUCUGGAUGAGGCUAUGGAUGCAGCAGAGUCGCUUGAAGCAGCUAACCAAGUCAUCCACCACUCCCACAAUGGGCAUGCCUUUGCCAAUGUGGAGUGGCUUCACAAGGAAGCUAUCACCCGACUCACCAAUCUCCUCUCCCAGCACAAGCACCUGGAGCAACCACUCAAGCAGUUGCUGCGUGCAACAGAGAAGCAAAGGGAGGGCGUACAGGUUGGGUCUGGCAAGGGUGGGAGUGGGGCGGGGAAGCAAGGAGGAAGCAACGGUGUGCAGGAGUCUGGAGGAGGGAAAGGGAAGGGGAAGAAGGGAGGGGGUCGCAGUGGAGGGAAGGAUGGUGGGGGUGGUGGUGGCAAGGGAGGGAAGAAGCAGCGAGGCGGCAAGUCGAAGAGGUGA